UAUUGUAUUGGCACGUAGCGGCUUAUUUUCCCCUUUGUCUGUCCGUGCUGUUUAAUUUGUACGUGUGUAAAUUAAAAACAGCACUACUCCAGCCAGCAAACAAACCACGUGAAAUGACUUAAACCUCUUAGAAGAAGCCUCCGAAGAGAUAACUGGGCUCGACGGUGGAAGUUAACUGGCAAAAUAUAACCAUGGUGGCUGUAAGUUGGUGGAGGAUGACAAGCAAGACGGGAUAGUUGAACUGAGCACUUUUAGGUGAAGAUGGGUGCAUGCGGGUAGCCUUGUAAAUAAUCUCCCGGACCGAGUAAAGGACGCACAGUGUCAGGUUAGAUGUAAAGUUGCAAGUGAAACCCGCAGAAGGAGGAAUGGGAGUCUCCGCACGGAGGGAGGAUGAGGAGGCAUGCCGUCUCGGUCCUCACUGGUGUUUGACUUGCUAAGGCCAGUGUUCUACUUUGCUGCUGUAAGGUGGAGCAUCCCCACUCUGCCUGGGACACAGCAACAGACGGACAGAUAAACUGCGCUGUGAAGUUGUCCUUUUAAUGGAUGCCAGGGAGGCCCUGCUUCUCUUGUGGACAGUCUUUGUCCUGCUGACAGCUGAACUGAAUUGGAUUGAUGGUGCAAAGGUCUACACCAACACGUGGGCUGUCCAGAUCAAUGGGGGCCCUGGGGAAGCUGAUCGCAUCGCCAGGGAACAUGGUUUCAUCAACCAUGGCCAUGUUUUUGGAGAUUAUUAUCACUUCAGGCAUCACGCCGUGGAGAAGAGAGCUUUGUCUGGCCACAAGAGGAUGCACAUCAGACUGCAGAAAGAACCACAGGUCCUGUGGACAGAGCAGCAAGUGGUGAAAAAGAGGAAGAAGAGGGAUGUGUAUGAAGACCUAACAGAUCCUGAUUUCCCUAAGCAGUGGUAUCUGUCCAACCCAACACAUCAAGAUCUGAAUACAAAAGCAGCCUGGGCUCAGGGCUACACAGGAAGAGGUGUAGUGGUCACUAUCCUGGAUGAUGGCAUUGAGAAGGACCAUCCCGACCUCAUAAGCAAUUACGACCCUGAGGCCAGCUAUGACGUAAAUGAUGGAGAUACUGACCCUCAACCAAGAUAUACACAACGAAAUGAGAACAGGCAUGGAACACGGUGUGCAGGAGAAGUUGCAGGUGCAGCAAACAAUGGUGUAUGUGGCGUGGGUGUGGCCUAUAAUGCUAAAAUUGGAGGAGUUCGUAUGUUGGAUGGGGAGGUGACAGAUGUAGUGGAGGCUCAGUCUCUUAGCCUGAACCCUCAGCACAUCCACAUUUACAGUGCCAGCUGGGGCCCGGAAGAUGACGGCAAGUCUCUGGAUGGCCCUGCCAAGCUGGCUAAGGAGGCUUUCCUCCAGGGAAUCACCAAGGGACGCAGCGGCCAGGGCUCCAUCUUCGUCUGGGCUUCGGGUAAUGGUGGCCGGGAGCAAGACAGCUGUAACUGUGACGGCUACACGAACAGCAUUUACACCCUGUCCAUCAGCAGCACCACGCAGUCCGGCAACGUGCCGUGGUACAGCGAGCCCUGCUCCUCCACCCUCGCUACCACCUUCAGCUCUGGAAACCCGGGGGAGAAGCAGAUAGUGACCACUGACCUGAGGCAAAAAUGCACAGACUCUCACACGGGGACGUCCGCGUCGGCACCGCUCGCUGCUGGGAUCAUCGCUCUGGCUCUGGAGGCCAAAUCCGCUCCCUAUCCCUCCAUUUUUUUUUCCUCCACAGUGAGUCAUUCGUACGGUUAUGGGCUCUUGGAUGCAGGUGCUCUGGUGGCGUUGGCACAGAAUUGGACAUCAGUGGGACCGCAGCACCAGUGUGUUAACACGAUGCUUUCAGAACCAAGAGACAUCGGGAACAAACUGGUGUUCAGCAAGAGCGUGGAUGCCUGCUGGGGACGACCAGAGCAUGUCAGCUCGCUGGAACACGUUCAGGCUCGCCUCACUCUCUCCUACAGCCAGAGAGGAAAAUUGGCCAUUCAUCUCAUCAGCCCGCUGGGCACACGCUCCACCCUGCUGUUCCCCAGGCCCAAUGACUUCUCCUCAGAGGGUUUCAAUGACUGGGCCUUUAUGACCACACACUCAUGGGACGAAGACCCUCAAGGAGAGUGGACCCUGGAGAUAGAAAAUGUAGCACCUAAUGGACGUGACUAUGGUGUGUUGAGUCAAUUCACCCUCAUCCUGUGGGGUACUGGGCCCAGCAUAGUCAACCCCUCGUCCCCCGACUUCCCUCGGCCGUCCAACAACAGCUGCAAGACAUUCGAUGCCCAGCAGAUCUGUAUCGAGUGCAGCCCUGGCUUCUCCCUCUUCCUGCAGGGUUGUGUGAAGUUGUGUCCGCCAGGCUUCACGUCGGGGCAGCAGCUCCUCAACCUCUCUCUGGAGAACUGGGUGGAUUUGUCCUCCGUCCAGGCCUGCCUGCCCUGCAAUCCCGCCUGUCUCACUUGCUCUGGCACCGGGCCUGCAGAUUGCCUGUCCUGCCCUCCUCACAGCCAUCUGGUCUUCACCUCCUGUUUGCACCAGAACCAAGUCCAGCGAAAAUCCCCUCUAACUGGAGGACUCCAGGGUGACGGAGCGCAGCCAGAAGGUGCGAGUCCAGCAGCAGCAGACCACGACAGCAAAGGAGCUGAGGAAUCCCCAGGGCUCAUUGUAGCUCCGUCCACUCAACUCCCCGCCGUCGUGGCCCUUCUCAGCUGUGCCUUUAUCCUGGCUGCCUUUGUCGGGGUCUUCUUCUUGCUGCAGUUACGCUCAGGUGGCGCUUCUGCCUGGAGGACCAAAUUGCCCUCUGGAUUUUCAGAGACGAACGGGGUGCGGGUGGGCUUUGGUUUUGGCUUCCGGCAGGGACGGGAGAGAAAGGCAAGGAUAUGCUACAAGGGAAUCCCCACUGUGUGGGCGGAUGAGGACAUGAUUGCCUACGAGUCUGAAUCAGACAGCGAGGAAGUGGACGGUCACAGCGAGAGAACAGCUUUUAUUAAGACGCAGAGCUCAAUCUAGCUGAAGCUGCAUCUGCUGUUGUGGUGUCUGACACGACGACAGGUCUGACUGCACGGAGCUGAUUCGCACAGGUUCAGAAAAACACAAAGCGCAGGCCUUACUGUCCCAUCGGCACCCCAUCCAAACGCAAAAGAGCCAAUCAUUUUUUUUCUUGUAUUUAUUUGCUUCAUGUGUAUUUUCAUGUAUUUUAUCUUUUAUUUGAUUGAUGUCAGUUGUAUUGAUAAGCUUUGUCACCAUUUAAAUGUGUUAUGCAACUAAUUUACUUUGGAAAUAUUUUUCAGAGUGCUUUCCAGAAAAUGAGUACUGCCACACCCUCACACUCCUCCACUUAUAUAAAAAAAGAUGGCGCUUUAAUUAGAAUUGUAAUUUUGCAGAAGAGUGCAAACUCAAAAUUAUCUUGUGGCCAUAUGCUGCAGGCGUGCAAAGGCAAACAAGGAAGAUUAGAAUAUUUUGGCUUUUAUUGGAAUCUUUUCUCUCUGACGCCUCAGGAUAUUAUAGCAUUACAGAGACAAGGGUGACAAAAUCACAGUCCACACCACCAGGAAAGUGUUCCUGUGCUCGUGGUUGUGUUCGUGGCUUGAUGCAGCACCUUCGGGCACUUCCACUGAAAAGUGCAUUCUGGUGUUUUGGGUUGUAGUUUGUAACCCUUUGCUCUCAUCACUGUGGAUGAUCUUUUAUGUGACAUCCUGGUCAGUUUGAGAGGGAAGUUGUUUACUCGAGGCAUUUGAGGUCGCGAUGAAUCUGCCGAGACACAUGUGAUGAAAAGGGCAGCUCCAGGGAGUGACUUAAGAAAAAAAAUAGUGGGAGUGCUGGAAGCACUCGAGAAGGUCGAGCUGACCUUGAAAGGGAGCUCAAAUCCAAGUUGGGUAUGGUUUUUGCUUUUUAUAGACAAAGCUGCAAACUUUUCGAUUGCAUUUGUAGGUCAAGGCCCCAAAUCGAUGAAUACUAGUGUCGAACUGAAUAUCUGUAAAUUUCAAACUAUAUAUCUGCACUUGGGGGGGUUCCUGAGGGGGAGAAAAAAACAGCGCCUCCUAGCAUAAAAACUAAUUUAUGCUAAUAAGAACUCGGAGUAACCUUGAUGGAAUCACAGUAGUUAAUUUAUUCAGGCUUAGCAAAGCACCUCCAGAAGUAAAGGCCUUAUUCAGAGGCUGAGAAGCACUUGUGCCAAGCAGUGUGUAGAAAUGCGUGGAUUGGCCCUUUACUCCAUUACUUUAUCUAAGGCAUAUCUAAUUUGUCUCAAAUACAAACAUCUGGCCUCUACUUCAGGUGGACUUCUAAUAUAUUGCUGUUGUUAUCGUUCAUCAGAGACCUGACAGAUUGCAGGCCAGGGGUUAUAAAGUUGACUCGCUGUUCAUUAAUGCUAAGAAAAACUUUAAAUUGAGGAUUUCUGCAGCGCACUGGGACAGCAUAAUAAAACAUCCCCGCAGGUUGUUUGAUAAGCAGGAAACUGUGGAGGAUGCUCUGUUUUCAAUCAAGCCUCAGUGGGAAUUUCCACUGCAGAGCAGACACCAGAGAUGGUACAUCAAUCACACAGAAAUGUGCCGAAUUACAGUGAGCAGCACUGUUUUUAAUGACAUUAACCACUCAGCCCAAAAGCUGCUUGGCUAACCUUGUGAAGCAUUGUGCCACUUGGUUACUGUGGGUGAGAAACAAGAUAAUUCUCUCUUCAUUUUCCCCCCAGAGUGUGCUUUAUAUUGAUUUUGGGGCUUCUCUCAGAACAUCUUCAUCAAAGUGAAGCUUCCUCCCUUUCUGCUGUGAACACCAAACAUAAAAGGACAAAUUCAUGCUUUAUAUUCUCUCUAUAACGACGUAGACUUGCAGUUAUGCGGCCAAAUCAAAGCCUUUGGAUCCAAAAGACCAGAAUGGCUAGUGAUUAAAAAAAAUAGGAAGAUAAUGAUUCAAUUUUCUAUGUUUGUUUUUAUUUUUAAUCCUUUUUUGUUUUUACUAUUUAACUGAUGAUGGAUGUUAUGUGUUGAGAUCAAUUUCAUGCUGGAUUAAUUAAAAAAAAAAAAAAGUUUGGCUGUUGUAAAGCAGGUCUGUGUUUUUACUGCCAGGGUUGAAACCUUUUAUAGUUUUUUUAAAUGCAUCUUAAAUUCAGCCCCUGACAUACAAACAUCCCAGAAAGAGCAGAUGGUUCCUCGCUUCUUCAUGGUCAUAUAUCAGGGUUGCCGCUGCGUUUCCUUCACUCCUGGCAUUGAGCUUUAACAGAGUGCCAGCCGCCUUUUUUCCUGCCUGCCAUCCAGUUGCAGCAGUGAGCAAAGCUGCCAAGAACGCCUUCAAGAAACUGUUCCCUCAAGCUUCAGCCUAGCGGGCCCCUUAAAGUUUAAAUUAAUAUAAAUGGAGGUUUGUAUGCAUGGGGGAAAACACCAGGCGGGCGGCGGCAGCAGCUUUGUUCAUUAGCAGCUGCCCCCCCCUCUCUACAGAGAUGCAGGUAACUGGGUUCAUGGGUAAAGGUACAUUCAUUUUGUGGCCCAUAAUUAGAUCUGCCGGGAGAACUCGCUGCACAAUUCAGCACACCCUGCAUGUCAUGGUUUGCAUUUUAAAUCCAAACCAAUUGCGUGUGCAAAUUGUUUUGUAGAUUAUUUUUUUUACCUUUUGGAAAAAGUGGAUGAAUUUGAAAGCCCUUUGUCUCCAUCAGUCACACCGUCAUUACUCGUGUGUAGGAGUGGGUAUUUUGUUUGUCCUUUCCCCCCCCCCACACACACACCUUGCCCUUUGGCUUGUAGUAAUUAGCUGCCAUGUACUGCGACAAUACUGUCGACUAACCAGACUUGGCAACAGUACACGUUCCCUUAAUUAAAACGGGACGCACGAAUCCGCUCCUCAUUAGUUGAUUUCACAAUAUAAUGCUCUGGACUCAGUGCCUCAUUAUUCCAGCAGGUCAUGUUAUCUGUGCUGGUGCUGAACAUCAUAAAGUCACCCGUCAUAUCCUCUCCCCCCCCUUCCAAAAUGCGAGGAGAGGCACCAUUUUUCCAGAUCCCUGAUCCAUUUUUAUGUAGCAGCAGCAAAGAAGCAUUUUAUGUUCGACUCCUGCUCGCUGCUGUCAACCAUACCAUCAACACCUUCACCUCAAAGUGGUAAACAUGGGAAAACUUCCUGCUGCUUUUAACUACAUGUGAGUUGAAGUGUGAACUUUAAUGCUCGCCUUGACAGAUAUGCCGAGCGGGAGACCGACUGCUGACAAGUGAAGCAUUGGACAGUCUAAGAAGGUUGAUAUGCCGCUGCACUUCUCUGACUGACAGCAUCCACAGACAUUUACACCGACUCAAUGUUGCCCCCUGCUGAUCAUCACUUAAUCUAUUUAGGAACAGCAUGUUAAUUAACCAGAUAUUAAUUAAUGAAUUAAACAGAUGGGGAGUGGGAGGUGGAAGUAUUUGAAGAUAAAGAGAGGCCUUUACAAAAGUCUAACUUUGUGUUUUCAUCUUUAUUCGCGUCCCAUCUCUUUUUGUUCUUCUGCAGCGUUAAUCCCCCGUGAAUAACAAAUGCAAGUAGAGACUUUCAUAUAUUACCUCUGAACAAACAAAAACAGUGCUACAAGAGAGGAGAGAAAAAAGAAAAAAGACGUUUACACAGAAAGUCAGACGCACAUCGAAACAGCAGGGGAGAAGUUUAUGACAAGGUUAUAAGACACCGGGGAGAAAGUGCGAUGCGAGAUGAAGUGAAAUCUGCUGACAGAAAUGUUAACCGCAGCUGGAGGGAAGAGAAGGGUUCUGCGGCGCUCACUGUGAGAGCCAGAGCAGAAAGUAUUGAAUUGUGGCGGGAGCAGCAAAAAGCAGCAGCCCUCCCGUGGAGGAAAAAAAGGAAAGAAAAGUGAAUAUAGAGACGGGGUAAAGCGACGCGACACGGUGAGGCUAAGACACAGGUGGGGGGCUACGAGAUGUCUGUCCUAAGCUUUGGACACUGAUGACAUCAUCUAUGGAUGCUGUGAAAGAGCAAAUAAGGGUAGGAAAGGCUGGAGACAGCCUUGGGGUAAGAAACACUGGAGAUCAAAUACAAAGAAGUGCAGCUCAUCUGAAGAAACAGACUUGAUGUUUUGGGGAUUGGAGGGGGAUCAGUUCACCCAAAUUAGACCAAAGGCAUAACUGGACUUCAGUAGUGCGUGGCUAUGCAGGCAGUGUUUGUAUUAAGAGGCGAGCUUUGGAGAUCUCUCUUAAAUGUCAAUGAAAUUCUGCUCCCAGACCCAUUU